UUCUCUUAUUUUUUUGACCUUUCCUCUUCCCUUUCAAACCCAAUAUACUCUCUCCAACUUCCAUACAAGUGCACCACAUCUGCUUUCAUCUUCUUCUUCUCCCUUUCUGACAAUGGCUUUCCUCUCUCCUUCAUGCAAGGGGUGAUACCUCAUUUCCUUUGACUAACAGUCCCAUAAACAACAAUCUUUUCACCGAAGUUGUGAAAAAAAAAAAGAGAAAAGAAAGCUGCAAAUGGCUUCCAUGAACAACUGGUUGGCUUUCUCUCUUUCCCCUCAAGAACUCCCUUCCCAGUCUCAAAGUCAUGCGCAGCCCACCGUCUCUCGACUCGGUUACAACUCCGAUGAAGUCUCCGGCACCGACGUCUCUGGUGAUUGCUUCGAUCUCACAUCUGACUCAUCGGCUCCUUCACUGAAUAUUCCAGCCUUAAGACCAGAUGGAACCUUUGGUAUAUUAGAAGCACUCAACAGAAGCAACCAGCAACAACCACAAGAUUGGAAUAUUAAGGUUUUGGGAAUGAACUGCAAUACCAACUUCAAAACAAACUCGGAGCUCUCCAUGCUAAUUGGAGGUUCAAGUAGUAACCACAACCUAGACCACGAGGAGCCCAAGCUUGAAGAUUUCCUUGGUGGACAUUCCUUCACGGAUCAUGAACAGAAACUCCACGGGUGCAACGGGAUAACCAGAACAACUUACGAUAGCACCACAGGAGACUACAUGUUCUCCAACUGUUCCUUACAGCUACCAUCAGCGUCAACCGCAGCAACAUCAAGCGGCGGAGCAAGUGGUGGAACCAUGAGCAACAACCCCAAUAUUAGCAAUAAUAGCAACAAUAGCAACAACAACAACAAUAACAACUCUAUCGGAUUGUCGAUGAUCAAGACGUGGUUGAGAAACCAACCUGCCGGGGCACAGCCAGAGAACAAAAAUGACGGUGGAAACAGUUGUGGCAGUACAGCGACGGUGACCAAUGGUGGUGGAACCCUCACAAGCGCUCAGAAUUUGUCACUCUCAAUGAGCACCGCAUCGCAGUCAAACUCCGCUUUGCCCCUUCUUGCAGCCACGAUGGGUGGCAGCGCAAGUGGAACCGGAAAUGGUGCCGAGUGUUCCUCGUCAGACAACAAACAGAAGGUGACCACGGCUUUUGAUAACCAAACCGGUGCCGUGGAGGCGGUACCAAGGAAAUCUAUAGAUACAUUUGGUCAGAGAACAUCCAUCUACCGUGGUGUAACGAGACACAGAUGGACUGGUCGAUAUGAAGCUCAUCUAUGGGACAACAGCUGCCGAAGAGAAGGGCAGACUAGAAAGGGUAGACAAGUUUAUCUGGGGGGUUAUGACAAAGAGGAGAAAGCAGCCAGAGCUUAUGAUUUAGCAGCUUUGAAGUACUGGGGUACGACCACCACAACAAAUUUCCCAAUCAGCAAUUACGAGAAAGAGCUAGAGGAGAUGAAGCACAUGACUAGGCAGGAGUACGUUGCAUCUCUGAGAAGGAAAAGUAGUGGGUUUUCUCGGGGUGCAUCCAUUUAUCGUGGAGUGACAAGGCACCACCAGCACGGGAGAUGGCAGGCCAGGAUCGGAAGGGUCGCUGGAAACAAGGAUCUUUACUUGGGAACCUUCAGCACCCAAGAGGAGGCAGCCGAAGCUUAUGACAUUGCAGCCAUAAAAUUUCGUGGCCUGAAUGCAGUAACAAAUUUUGAUAUGAGUAGGUAUGAUGUAAAUAGCAUAAUGGAAAGCAGCACUCUACCGAUUGGGGGAGCUGCGAAGCGAUUGAAAGAAGCUGAGCAGACUGAGACGAGUGUUGAUGGUCGCCGGACAGAUGACGAGAACAUGACUUCACAGCUAACUGAUGGAAUAACCAACUACGGAACAAAUCUAAACCAUCACGGUUGGCCUACUAUUGCAUUUCAACAGGCCCAGCCAUUAAGCAUGCACUACCCAUAUGGCCAUCAGCAGAGAGGGUGGUGCAAACAAGAACAAGAUGUAGGUGUUGCCCACAAUUUCCAUGACUUUCAUCACCUACAAUUGGGAAACAAUACCCAUAACUUCUUCCAGCCAUCAUCAGUAAUGCACAAUCUCAUUGGCUUGGGCUCAGCAUCAUCCAUGGAGCACAGCUCUGGGUCUAAUUCUGUUAUCUACAGCAGUGGUGGUGGGAGUGGAAGUGGUGGUGGUGGUAGUGGAGGCAAUAGCAGCUUUCAAGGUGUUGUCGGAGGAAAUGGCAAUGGAUUUGUAAUGCCCAUUGGCACAAUGAUGGCUGAGCAAACCAACAACAAUAACCAGGGGAGCAACUUUGGAGAGGCUGAGGUUAAGCAAUUGGGCUAUGAUCACAACAUGUUGACUACACCCAACAACGAUCCGUUUCAGGGUAGGAACUUGUAUUAUCUUUCACAGCCAUCAUCUGUGUCUGUGUUAAAAUCCAGUGGUUAUGAUCAAGGCUCCAGUUGUAAUAACUGGUUGCCUACUGCAGUUCAGUCUCUCACACCAAGGUCAAACAAUCUUGCUGUUUGCCAUGGAGCUCCUGUCUUCACCGUAUGGAAUGAUACUUAAUGCAUGGUGGGAUAGAAAUAAAGGAUACACACAAUGGAGGAAAAGUGAGGAUAACAAAGGGGAAGAUUCAAGGGAUGACAGAUAAGAAUGUAUACAGCUUAACUCCAGAUUUUGAUUUUCUUUUUUUUUUCCUUCUAUUUCUCAGGGAACUAAAGAAUGUUUUUUCUUUUCUUUUCUUUUUUUUUUUUCUAACUUAAACAUACUAUAUUACAUAAGGAUUUAUAACUGAAGUUCGGCAAUAGCAUGUGAUGGUCGACUACGACUCACUUGCUAUGAAUUUUGGAAACUUCAGAGGGAUGAAUCCUCGGAAAGUCUUAUUACACCUGGUUUUGUAAAUUCAAAUAACAGAAUAUGAUGAUGCAGAAAUUGGAUCUUUGCUGCA